AUAAUCAAUAAUCCAAUAUAAAUUCAUCAGUAGCUAUAGUUACUUUAUACAUGUCAAGUUAUGCAGAGGCUAUCAAGCUAGGGCAGCCAUGGAUGCAGUGGUUGAAGACUCGAGGGACUACCUGCUAGAUCCAGAGUUAUGGUUGGACAAGCUGCCCCAACCUUACCGGCUGGUAGAUGAUGUUCUACAAGGCUUCCUCGAUGAGGUAUGGGCAGCCAUUGAGAGGAGAGAGGUGUGUAAGAGAGGAGAGGAAGGAAGAGUCAAGAUACCAGAGCUGUCAGGGAGUAGGCUGCUCCCCGGCUCUCAGGGGACCACCAUAGUCAGCUCUGACGGAGGAGGUCAUGUGAUAUUGGGCAGUCCUCACGGGCUCACUGUGUGUGAGCUACAGGGAGGGGAUGAGUGGGAGUCUGUGGGGGUGUACGAGUGGGCGGAGAGCGGCAGCCCAACUAGCCUCCUAGUCAGCCACACUACACCAUUCAUGUGGCUGGCCAUAUCCUUCACACACGAGGUGAAGUUCUUUACAUAUUCCAAGAAUCAUCUGAUACACCUCAGUGACAUCUCCUUCAAAGAUGAACAGAGUAGAGAGGUCAAAGGUGUGAGUGUGUCUCCGUGCUGGAGUCAUGUGACACUCUCCACUCGACACGAAGGUAGUACAUGUAGUAGGCUGACACUGUAUACACUCCCGCUCAGUUCCUGGGCCGAUCAGACAGAGAGGGUGGUGGGAGGGAGCUCUGUCAGUGUAGGCAAGCAGGAGGAGGUAGUGUUCUCAGGCACCACUCUGGUGUACAGUCUCCAGCCUCCUUGUUCCCUCACCCCCUGUCCAAACACAGACCCUCAGUCAGCCAUGAACAGGAUUGGCUCAGCCUCUACUGGUUGCAUACCUAGUGGAGAGAUGCAUCUCCUCACUGAAGCCUACUUGUGCAACAGAAGGACAGCAUUUGUAGCUCAGAGAAAACACUUUGUUGAUGAAGCAAGACAGCCCCUCAACUACACUCCAACUCCCCACUUCCUCUACUCUAGCACACGUGGUGGUCCCUGUGGAUUAGCCGUCUGGUGGAGCAACCACAACCAACUCAGAGUGUACCCCAUCACAGCCUCAAAGCCACACCCACUCCCUCUCAAACUCCUCCCACAAACAGCGGCAAUAGUGUGCUCAGUAACAGACGGAGAUGGCCAGCACAUGGCACUAGCGCUGGCCAAUGGAACGGUUGCAUGCUGGAACAUGAGAACAGUUGAGUGCACACAGUUAGUGCGACCAUUGGAAGGUGAUGAAAUAGUGACAGCCAUGUUGUUUGUAAGCCAGGAGUUAGUGGUAGGUACAAGCACCGGGAGGAUACUGGUGGUCAGUGCUAGUGCCGCUAGUGCACACAGACUGGGCAAGCAGAGAGAAGUGUACCCACAGCUACUCCAGGACAGCAGAGUGGACCAUCUACACAGUGACCCUGUGGCAUUGCCUUCAGUCGUAUUGUCAGCUCACAGUAAUGGUACUGUAGUAUUGUGGAGUGUCGUUGAGCAGGAGGUUCUUUGUCAAGUCUCUCUAUGUCAGUCCCCACACUGCUCCCGCCCUGUCCUGACUGGAGGGGGACAGUCCCCACACUGCUCCCACCCUGCCCUGACUGGAGGGGGACAGUCCCCACACUGCUCCCGCCCUGCCCUGACUGGAGGGGGACAGUCCCCACACUGCUCCCGCCCUGCCCUGACUGGAGGGGGACUCUGUGUAUUAGGCACUGGAGAAGAGGACGCUUCGUCUGGUGUUGUCUGGUUUGACCUCCACUCCGCCCCCACCCUCUCCCCUCACUUGACCACGCCCCCUAUACAGCCACGUCCACCCAGCACUGUCAGCAUCCAGGACACUCUCUCACUGUACAUCAGUACAAGGUGUGCUCAGUUCAAGACAGAUAGAGAGAGGUGGAGCAAGCGCUGGGCAGAGCUCUCACCAGUAUACUAGCUGGACAAUCUAUAGUACAUUCAUAGCUGGCAGCCUUCAUACACACACUUAUUGAACACAUCACUUGACAAGUUGUUAAUAAUUAUUGCACAUG